AUGGCCACCGAAGGGCGGGGCCGGGCUUGGCGCGGCCCGCCAGCCCUACCGAAAGUGACGGUUUGCUAGAGGUGGUUACCUUGGAAGCCCGAGUAGUUUGAAUGUGUGGCGACCUGUGUACCGGUAGUUGUUCGGUGCUAUUUCAGCAGGACUGGGAUCCCCGAGGCCUCAGAAACAGGCUUUUAUCUGGCUCGGGACUCCCCGGCGUUCAGCACUUCCCCCCAUAACCGGAGAGCAGUUAUUUGGACUCUGCCUCAGACCCAGGGGUCACAGAUGCCAGGAAGGAUGGCCCCCCUCAAGAAGCCUCGAAAUGCCACAAGGUUGCCCCUGGCUUUAAACCCUCUGAAGAGCAAGGACGUCUUGGCAGUGCUGGCUGAGAGGAACCAGGCUAUAGUGCCAGUUGGGGCCUGGGUGGAGCCUGCCUUGCCAAAUAGUUCGGAGGUCCCAGCAUAUACUUCAGCACAUAUAAUUGAAGAAGAACUAAAGGAACAGCUAAGAAAAAAACAAGAAGCUCUGAAGCAUUUUCAGAGACAAGUCAAACACCGAGUAAAUCAACAAAUGAGGCUGAGAAGAAAGCAACAGCUUCAGAGAUCUUAUGUAGCAGCAGAAAAAGAAGGCUCUAUAGCCAUGCAAUCCUCAGAUCCAGCACAUUUAACUCCUAAAAGAACAAGUGUUUUUCCAAAGAACUUGAAUGCUGCUAUUGGAAGUGCUAGGUUACCUCCUUCCCAGAUGCUUGGGGACGGACUAGAAGAUAGAGAGAAUCAGAAUGAAUUAUUUCAACAACAAGCCCAGGCUCUUAGCCAAACCAUGAAACAGGCCCGUCACCGACUGGCAUCAUUUAAGACUGUGAAUAAAAAAAAUGCAUCAGUGUUUCCAGAUUGUAGAAGAAAAACCUUUCCCCCCCAAGAGAAAAUACAAUUCAAAAAUCCAUUACUUGCUGUGAUGAAAGAGGAAGAGCAAAAGAAGUUAGAUCUUCAAGGCCUUCAGGAUAUUCUGCCAGAAGCCCAGGAUUAUCUUCCAGAAGCCCAAGGUGAUCUGCUGAAAACCCAGGGUGAUUUGACAGAAGUCCAGGGUGUUGAGCUAGAAGCCAGGAGUACUGAGCCAAGGCUCAGUACCCAGGCUGUUGAGGUGGAAGGCCAAGCUAUUGAGCCUGAAGCCCAGGCUAUUGAGCCUGAAGCCCCGGCCACUGAGUCUAAUGCCCAGGCUGUUACGGCAGAAACUCGGGAUAUUAUGCCAGAAGCCCAGAAUAUUGAACUAGAAGAUGGGAGUGUUGUGUCUGAAGUCCAAGAUUUGCUACCUGAAGAACAGUGUGUUCUUCCCAAAGACCAGAAUAUUCUACUCAGAUGUCAGGACCAGGACUUUCUACCUAAAAACCAGGAUUUUCUACCCGAAGACCAGAAUAUUCUACCCAGAUGUCAGGACCAGAAUAUUCUCUCUGAAGACCAGAAUAUUCAAUCCAGAUUUCAGGACCAGGAUUUUCUACCCAGAGACCAGCACCAGCAUUUUCUACGCAGAGACCUGGUUGUUCUCCCCAGAGUACAAGAUUUUCCACCCAGAGAUCAGGAGGCGAAUUUGAAGGAGCCAGCAUCAAUUUUGAUAGACAAGAGAGGGAGAGAGGCGUUUCCCCUGGAUAUCCAUCAGGACCUUCCACACAACUGUCAAGAUCAGGCCUCCAUCAGGGACAAGAAAGUACGCUUCAAGGAGUUGUAUUCUGGUAUGUCAAGUGAGAAAGGGAGAGAAGGCUCAUCUCUGGCAAGUUAUCAGUAUCUGCCUCCUCAGCUCCAGGACUAUACCUUCAUCAGAGAUCAGAACAAGUAUCGCGAGCAACCUGCAUCUUUUGAGAAAUGGGAGAUUGAAAGAGGAAUUGCUUCUGGAGUGCCAUCGACCUUAUACUUCGGGCAGCAGCCAUCCGUUGGGACAGCAGAAAGACAGCAAGAGGAUUUGUUUCUGGAUGGCCGCCAGCAGCUUCCACCCAAGCACCAGAGAGAGGGUUCCAGCAGAAGACAGGUAUGUGGUGACUAUCAGUCAAGAUUGAACACUGAAUUACAAAUUCCACUGGCAUUUCAGUCUGGAGUAGAUCAAGAAGAAGACAAGAAAGAGCGUCAAAAGCAAUACCUGAGAUAUAGACGACUGUUCAUGGAUAUUGAAAGAGAACAAGUAAAAGAACAACAAAGGCAAAAAGAACAUCAAAAGAAAGCUGAAAAAAUUAAAAAAAAGAAAGAGCAGCAACGUUAUGCCGAAGAGCAGAGGAUACUGAGAAGGAACUUUCAUGAAGAGUCAUGUUCAGGAGAGAAGAUGAGUGACAUAAUAGCCCAGCUACAACUUGAGGAAGUCAAAGGAGCCAGAGAAAAACAACAGAGAGAGAAGGAAUACCAAAGAUAUAUAGAAGCUCUGAGAGCCCAGAUCCAAGAGAAAAUGCGGCUGUAUAAUAUUACUUUACCUUCACUAUGCUGUUGUGGUCCUGAUUUUUGGGAUGCGCAUCCUGAUACCUGUGCCAACAAUUGUAUUUUCUAUAAAAACCCUAGAGCAUAUUCCCGGGCACUACAUUCGGUCAUCAACUCCUGCGAUAUCCCUGUGGGGAACUCAACUCUUCGAGUCGCCAUGCAUAAUUCGGCUUCUGCGUACAGACGGACUUUGAAAAAUGUGUAAUGAGGAUCUGAAUCCAACUGUUAGUAUUUCAGUCUUCACUUAAAACCAACCCCGAGGAAUUAUUUAUGAAACACUGAUAAAGUGUGUAAGAUUCAUAAUCUAGAAGGAAAGACUGUCCCACGUAACAACCAUCUCUAUAAUUAGAUCAUAACCAUUGUUUCGGUCUCUGCUUGGGGCUGAAAUUGAAAGUUGACUUCCAAGCUUGUGUUUUUGCUGUGAACUGUACAGAAUCUCUUGUUUUUUAAAAUGAUCAGUCAGACCAGUAAGAUUUUUUUUACUUUGCUCUGAUCAGAGGAGGUCAUGAGAAAUCAUUGACAUGACCUCAUUUAUUGCCUUUCUAAGACUGUAUCUUUGAGUCUUGACAAAACUGAAAAUGUCUAGAUAAAACAGAAAAGAUGAUGACAUAAGUUUCUGAGCCUCAGUGGCCAUCUGCAUUGCUGUUGGUUUUUCUAGUUGUAUAUAAUAAUUCGAGAUGAGAAGAAUAUGAAUUUGAUGCACAUUUUUUUCCCUCAAGAUUUCUCUCUCCUGGUUUUUUAAACUUAUUGCCUCUCUCCGCAUUUGGUGCCAUUGGACACAGUACUUUAUAAUUUUAUAAUUUUGUAUUGUAAAAACAAGAUGAAUAAACCCUCUCUUUUGAGCUUC